AUGUCGGAUCAGUCGCCUGCUUCGAAACGGCUCCGGUUGGGCUCGCUUGCGGACGGCUUCCGCAGUGGUGGAAGAAUACGUCCGUUCGCUGAUUUGAGUACGGGCCGUGCAGCUGAGCAGCAGCAGCAUGCCGCAGCACAGCAGACAGCCAUGCAAAUAAAUUCAGCGGGGCCCGCAGAGGCAGCUGCUGCAGAUACACAGCUGGAGGGGCAGCACCAGGGUGCUGAUGCUUCUGCUGCAGAAGUACGGGAGAGAUGGCGGCGGCAGAAAGCUGCACAGCGUGCGGCAGCCCUUCCUGAACUACGGUUGUUGCAGCGGCAGCAGGACGCUGCACGGCACGCAGCUGCACGUGCUGACCCGGAGGUGAGGGCACAGCAGCGGAUGCAUGACACAGCACAGCAUGCUGCUGCACGGGCUGACCCGGAGGUGAGGGUGCAGCAGCAGUUGCGUGAUGCUGCACAGCAUGCCGCUGCACGUGCUGAUCCGGAGGUGAGGGCGCUCCAGCAGCAGCGGAACACAGCACAGCAUGCCGCUGCACGUGCUGAUCCGGCGGUGAGGGUGCUCCAGCAGCAGCGGAACACAGCACAGCAUGCCGCUGCAUGUGCUGAUCCGGAGGUGAGGGCGCUCCAGCAGCAGCGGAACACAGCACAGCAUGCGGCUGCACGUGCUGAUCUGGAGGUGAGGGCGCUCCAGCAGCAGCGGAACACAGCACAGCAUGCGGCUGCACGUGCUGACCCGGAGGUGAGGGUGCUCCAGCAGCAGCGGAACACAGCACAGCAUGCGGCUGCACGCGCUGACCCGGAGGUAAGGGUGCUUCAGCAGCAGCGGAACACAGCACGGCAUGCAGCUGCACGCCAGGUGCAGCAGCAGAAUCAGCAGGCCACUCCUAAGGAUACCCUCUUGGCUCGCAUGCACCGCCUCCUGCGGUUCGCGAACCUUCAUGGUGAUGACGCCAUUGAUUUGCCCGAGUUUCUGUUGGCACUUCCAGAGGGCCGCGUGCAGGACCUUCCUGGCGGUCAGUUACCGCCUGACAGGCAGGUACCCCACACCGUGCAGCUGCACUGUGCGUCGACCAUGGCUGCUGCCUUGCGCCGGCGCAUGCCCUCCCGUGUCUGUGCUGUGUGCUCAGAGGUGUGCUCGGAGGACCAGUCGACGGUGCUGCACUGGAUGGAGAUUCCCAACGUUGACAUUUUACGUGCAGACGUCAUGUGUACGGCAUCCCGUCGCGCCUUCCGCCGGCGUCCCUGCGCCGCUGGUGCCUCGCCGGGCGCGCGCCGGGAGCGCCCGCCGGGACCGGGAGCGCGCCGUCGAUGUUGUGAAACAAGGCGCGGAAAGGCUGCAUCUGCGACACAAUGCGACAAGCUUUUCUGUACAGUUCAGCUAUGGACGUUGCGCGCAAUUCAGCUGCUUGACCGAAUCACGCAAUUGCGCACGUGUGCCGAAGCGCGCGAUUCGCACACCUCUAAAUGCGCGAUUGAACGUGCAAUUCAGCAUGCAAUUCGCCGCGGGAUUCAGCGCGCGCUUUGGCGCACAAUUCGAUGCGCGCUUCAGCGCGUGCUUCGAUUCUGCGUCGGAAUUAUUGUCUCGCCUGCUUCGAAACGACUCCGGCUUGGCUCGCUGGCGGACGGCUUCCGUGGAAGAAUACGUCCGUUCGCUGAUUUGAGUACGGGCCGUGCACCUGAGCAGCAGCAGCAUGCCGCAGCACAGCAGACAGCCGUGCGAAUAAAUUCAGCGGGGCCUGCAGAGGCUGCUGCUGCAGAUACGCAGCUGGAGGGGCAGCACCAGGAUGCUGAUCCUUCUGCUGCAGAAGUACGGGAGAGAUGGCGGCGGCAGAAAGCUGCGCAGCGUGCGGCAGCCCUUCCUGAGCUACGGUUGUUGCAGCGGCAGCAGGAUGCUGCACGGCACGCAGCUGCACGUGCUGAUCCAGAGGUAAGGGCCCUCCAGCAGCAGCGGAACACAGCACAGCAUGCGGCUGCACGUGCUGACCCGGAGGUAAGGGCGCUCCAGCAGCAGCGGAACACAGCACAGCAUGCGGCUGCACGUGCUGACCCGGAGGCUAAGUUUGCGUGCUAG